GACCCUCAAUUAAGUGCUGUGGUGCAUCCCUUCUGGCAGCAGGGCACUUCAAAAUUUGGGGGUUUUCUGGGCGGGCAGAGCCAGGGCAGGGCGGCGACAGGCUGUGGCGGGGGGGCCGCGACUGCCUUAUAACCCGCAGGGCAGCGGCCACAAGAAAUCAGUGCUGGCCCAGUGGCACCAUGAGGACGGCGCUGCUGCUUGCCUGCCUGCUGGCCACCGCCUCCGCCUUCUCAGUGAGGAGCUGGCUGCGCAGAGCCCGGGCAGGCGACUCAGAGGAGAAUGCGGUGCUGAAGAGCCGGCACCGGUACUACCUGUACCGCUACGCCUACCCGCCGCUGCAUCGCUACAAGGGCAGUGACUCCUCGGAGGAAGAGGAGGACGGCUCAGAGGAGGAGGAGGACGGGGGGGCACCGUCCCAUGCAGGUACUCAGGCAGCAGGUGAGGGCCUGACCCCCGGUGAUACGGAGCUGGGGGGUGAUGCUGCGUCCACCCAUCAGGGCUGCAAAGGGGGCCAGAAGGGCACACGGGGUGACUCGGGUGAUGAGGACAGUGAUGAGGAAGAGGAGGAGGAGGAGGAGGAGGAGGAAGAAGAAGAGGUAGAGGAGCAGGAUGUCAGUGUCAAUGGGACCAGCACCAACACCACGGCAGAGGCACCCCACGGGAACAGCACUGCGGUGGCUGAGGAAGAGGAGGAGGAAGAGGAGGAGGAGGAGGAGGAAGAGGAAGAAGAGGAGGAGGAGGAAGCUGAAGCCACCACUACUGCUGCUACCACUGCACAGGAUGAGGUGACCACAUUGGGCAACGAGCAGCACUCUGAGGCCACUACAGCUGGGGAGCAGUGGGAAUAUGAGGUGACAGUGGGAGCCCGCGGAGAUGAAGGUCCCACUGAGGGCAGCUAUGGGGACCAGGAGGGGCCAGCACGUGGGGACAGCUACCGCGCCUAUGAGGAUGAGUACGGCUACUACAAGGGGCAUGGCUAUGACAUCUAUGGGCAGGAUUACUACUACAGCCAGUGAGUGAGUGGUGGAACACGCAACACCGCCCUGGCCUGAAUAUUGUCAUCCAUGUAUCGCAGAAACACAAUAAAGCAACAAGUGAAGCUCA